AGGAUCUUCCUAUAUGAAUUGGACAAGCACUACCUUUGACCUUGGUUUCGAAGGUCAGGAUCAACCUUCUUUGAGCGUGACCACUUCCUACUUGAAUACGAAUGGAGAGCCUGUGGUGCCCGCGGAAACCAACUAUUCCUCCUUUUCAGCUGCUAUUGGUACAACUUAUUCGAAUCCGUCUCCUUCCGGAGUGUAUCUUCUCAACUUGGGAGUGGGUGAAAGCUCUAGUACUUCAUCGGGAUUGAUGGGUUUCCAGUUGUCGGCUGAAGAGGACUACAAGUUUCUCUACCCAAAUACUAGCAGUGGUAUUAGUUAUUGGAGCACAAUCAUGAUGAAAAAUUCUACUUACUCAUUCGGGAGUCUUUCGGGCAUAGAUGAACCAAGUUCCAUUAUGAUGGAGUCCAAAGUUGCUUUGUGUAUGAUCGUUAGAGAUGAAGAAUCAAACAUCGAACAAGCUCUUAAUUCUACUAUCAAGUUCAUCGAUGCUGCGGUUAUCACGGACACAGGUUCUAAAGACAGAACGAAGGAAAUUAUUCGGGACUACUUCCAAAACCAACCACAUAUCGCGCUGUAUUUAUCGGAAACGCCUUUUGUAGAUUUUUCACAUGCUCGUAAUUUCAACUAUUCCCAAGCAAAACGUCACUUACCCAAGAACUAUCAUUGGUUUGGGUUUCAAAUGGACGCGGAUGACGAAGUCAUCGCAGCUGAAAAUUUCAAAGCUCAAGAAAUUUGCAUUCCUGGCAAGAAAAUUCUAAUACGAAGCAUUCGGGGGAAUACUGCGAUGAACUACUUUGGUGUGUUCGAUUUGGAACUUAGUUUCAUGUUUUUUCUACCAGUUCAUGAGAUGCCGUUUUUCGAGAGUAACAAUAUCCCGUCUGUUCAUAUUCCGUCCAACAGAAUACACGUUCUAAGUCGGCACAACGGCUACAGGUUCAAAUACGGGGACAAGGAGCAGGAGUUGAGAAUAAUGGAAACAUUCGUCGAAAGUCAACCGGAUGGAACGCUUAAACAGUUGGCAGGCUUUCAUAGACUAGCUACGAUGAAUACAGACUUAUCUCGUCUUGAAGAUGCGAAGAAAUACUACGGGUUGUUUUUGAAGCACCCAUUACGUUUUGCGUUUGAAACGUUGUAUUCCUUUGCUUUAUGCAGGUAUGCUCAUCUUCUGUAUAUGUUGGAUAAGAAAUACUUGGAAGCUCUUUACUACGCGUUUCUGUGCAUCUAUUUAUGUCCUUCUUACUUGGAACCUUAUUAUAUCGUCAGCACCGUGGCACUGCGACUGCACAUGCCGGGAUUGGCUUGGAUGGCCUCUACUUGCGCAUUAACUGCUUUGUCUUUGAAGAGACAAAAACUCACCGCAGAAAACUCGAACACUCCUGACCUUAUCUUGAAAUUAUUAACCAGUUUGAACGAAGCUCCAUCGNAAAGAAAGCUAAAAAAAAUAAUGAAAUUCUACGUUCUUACUGACUUUGAGUCCUGUGUUGAACUCAAAACCUUUGGAUAUCCAGUAGAAAUAAUUCGUUUAUUGGAUGAAAACAACGAAGUGCUCGAAUGGUUUCUCUGGAGAGUGGUUUCUAUUUUGGAUCCAAGAGCUACCAAGGACGAGUUUGCUGGAUGUUUCCGAGGAAGAGACCUGUCUCGUUCAGACGCUGCGUUGUUCCUAACAUGCAUAAAAGCUCUGAAGAUUUUCAUAGAUCAGCACUGCGAUGACGUAGGCGUCUUCAUAACUGGAGAUGGUGUUCGGUUUUUGAACGGCAGAGAAGAAAACAAAUUGAAGCUUAUCUCGGCCUGUUCUUAUGUGCUUCCUCGAAAUUGUGGGGUGGCACUGAGCGAGCGUCCUUUGGAAGCUUUUCUAGUUUCUAGGUCUUGUGCUUGUCGAUUGGUUGACUCUCUGGACGUCCCUUUGCGUUUUCUUAGGUUUAAUGGGCCUUUCUCUGAAGUGUUCUUUCGGGACGAUCCUUCACUAGCGGUUUCUCAGACUGCCUCAGUGUCAAAGGAAGAACCCGACGAUCUACCUCACUCCUGGCAAUAAUUG